AUGCUGGACGGUUCAGGAAGGCCAUUUGGAGGAUUCCAAAUCCCAAAGGUUCGUGGAAGAGCAUCCACAGCCAUCGCAUGUGGCAUCGCUUGGUUUUGGGUCAUGUAUCGAAUGAAGCAUGAUGGACCUCAUCACUUUUUACAUGAACAUCCAUGGGAGAAACCUGAAAUGCUUGCUCAUCUUGAGGAGGUUGAUAAGAAGUGGGGAACCAAAUAUGCAACUGAUAACAUGCACCACCAUUAA